AUGUUUUCAAGAUCUAUAUUAAGUCGUAUGGUCUCAAAGACUGCUGCCCGCCAACUCUCAACAGUUUCCGGCAACACCGCAAAGUCCGCCAAUAACAAGCUUCUAAUAACUGGUGCUGCAUUGGCUGGUAUUACAGCUUCAGGUUUACUAUACGCCGAAUCAUUGACUGCAAAUGCCAUGACUGCUGCUGAACAUGGUCUACAUUCUCCAGAGUUCGAUUGGCCACAGAAUGGUCCAUUCAGUACAUUCGAUCAUGCUUCUAUUAGAAGAGGUUACCAAGUCUAUAGAGAAGUCUGUGCUGCUUGUCAUUCCUUGGAUAGAGUUGCUUGGAGAACGCUUGUUGGUGUCUCCCAUACAAACUCCGAAGUUAAAGAGAUGGCUGAAGAAUUUGAAUACGAUGAUGAACCAGAUGACAAUGGUAAUCCAAAGAAGAGACCAGGUAAACUAGCUGAUUAUAUCCCAGCUCCUUAUCCAAACGAACAAGCCGCUAGAGCUGCUAACCAAGGUGCUCUACCACCUGAUUUGUCGUUGAUCGUGAAGGCUAGACAUGGUGGUUCCGAUUACAUUUUCUCCUUGUUGACUGGUUACCCAGAAGAUGCUCCAGAAGGUGUUACAUUACCUGUAGGUUCUAACUAUAACCCAUACUUCCCUGGUGGUUCUAUUGCUAUGGGUAGAGUGUUAUUCGAUGAUUUGGUAGAGUAUGAAGAUGGUACUCCAGCUACUACUUCACAAAUGGCAAAGGAUGUCUCCCAAUUCUUGAACUGGUGUUCUGAACCUGAACAUGACGAAAGAAAGAGACAAGGUCUAAAGGCUAUAAUCAUCCUAUCGUCAUUGUACUUACUGUCCGUUUGGGUCAAGAAAUUCAAAUGGGCUUCUAUCAAGACUAGAAAAUUCACUUACACUCCACCAAAACCAAGAAAGUAA